UGUUUUCAUGUAUAACAGCAUUUGCAGGUUGCAAACAAAAAGAUACAAGAUAAAUAAUGUUGAGGCAAUUUCAGCGGAAAAUCGUCGCCGAAAUUUUCCCGUCUGUUCGUUAAAUAUCUCCUCUGGAAGAAAAGAAAAUAUGAAGAACGAAAGCAUGAACUACCGUCACUUCCACGAGAAGUUCAUGGAAAAUCACAACGGCACCACUAUCUGGGAGAACGCGCUCGUUAUUUGCCCAACGCCGUUGGUACUUUUUUAUCUAUGCCUUUUCAAAAUUUACAUCUAUACCAACUAUAGACAGCAGAGGUGCGAACGGUUCUACACAUUCCUGCUGGAUUUCUUAGCCGUUAUAGUUCCUCUUUCCAUGGCCUGCACCAUCCUGAGUUCCUACCUGGUCAACAUCAUGGCUGUGUUCUUCCUCAGCAGUGUCCUGACACUGGGGCUCCUUCUGAGAGGAAAGAGAAAGAUGAUAAUGAAGAUCCUCAACACGCCGAUCCAACAGGAAAAGAAACCCUCUUUGACGUUUUACAGAUCGGUCGUGUCUGUAUAUUCCGUCAUAUGCAUAUUGGCUGUCGAUUUUAAAAUAUUCCCGAGAAGAUUUGCGAAAACAGAAAGCUUCGGAUAUGGCCUGAUGGACACAGGCGUUGGAUUUUACAUCUUGUCCAAUGGGAUAGUCGUCAAUACUAAAAGUGUGAAGAACUACAAGAAGUUCAUAUUAAAAGUGCUCGUAGGCUCGGUCCCAGCUUUUGUUCUAGGAUUGCUCAGAUACAUAUCGGUGGAAGCAUUGAAUUAUCAAAAACAUACGUCUGAGUACGGCCUACAUUGGAAUUUCUUUUUCACAUUAGGCGUGGUCAAAAUUGUCGGGUCGAUUAUAGUAGUGACAUGGCCUAAAAGAAUCGGACUCAUUUCAAUAUUGAUAGGAGUGCUUCAUCAGUCGGCGUUGCUCGGAGGGAUCCAGGAUUGGAUAUUAAGCGAUGCUCCGAGGGAUGACUUUUUAUCGGCCAACCGUGAAGGGAUUCUUUCACUUCCAGGAUAUAUUUCGCUAUUUUUAUCAAGCGUGUCGAUGGGAGUGGCUCUUCGGUCGAAAGUAAACACAAUCUAUGAAACCCUUUAUCACGGCUUCAGAUUAUCUAUCGCGACAAUUGUUUUUACUGUUCUGACACUCACAAGUGAAAAUUGGUUCGGAGUAUCACGUAGGCUCGCCAACAUACCUUACAUACUGUGGCUGACUUCUUUCACUUUGUUUAUCUUCUGCAUAUCCCUCAUCGCGGAGUUUUUCAUUAGGGUUAUAUGUUUUUUGAAAAAAGUACCUGUCAAGGCUAUUUUAAUACCAGUGAUUCUUGAAGCGAUCAAUUUCAACGGUCUUUUCUUUUUUCUCUGCGCAAACUUAAAUACAGGUCUAGUCAAUUUAAUGGUAAAAACUCUGCUAGUCCAUCCUGUGAACAGUUUUUUGAUUAUAAUAGCCUAUAUGCUCGUAAAUUGUGGCUUGACAACAUUCCUUUAUUACAAAAAUUUUAAAUUCAAACUUUCAUAUUAAUACCAAUGUUUUUGAGACUUUAUAACUGAAAUUGUGAUUAUAAAAUUUUUAUACUAAUAUAUAUACAUAUUGUUAUUUUGAAUAUUCAUGCUGAAAAUAUAGU